CCUCCUGAUCUGGAGACGGCCUUUCUGCAUUUCAUACGAACUAGGCACUAGGGAUACGGAAAUGAAUAACAAUGAAGAUGGUGCCAAAAAUGCUUUCUCCUUUGGUUAAAGACUGGGCUCCCAAAGCAUUUAUAAUUUCCUUUAAGUUGGAGACUAAUCCCUCUAUCAUAAUUGACCGUGCACGAAAUGCUUUGGAAAUGUAUCGACAUCAAGUGGUGGUGGCUAAUAUCCUUGAGUCACAACGGUCCUUUGUCAUUAUUAUAACCAAAGACUCAGAAACUAAGUUAUUGCUAUCAGAGGAAGAAAUAGAAAAAGGCAUGGAAAUAGAAGAGAAGAUAGUGGAUGAUCUUCAGUCCCGACACACAGCUUUUAUACAAGACAAAAAUUGAAGGAUCAAAAACUAUAGGGUCAAAAAUUGUUCAGUGGACCAGGGCUCUUACAGAUGGUGAGAACUAGAAUAAGUCCUUUGCUUUCAUAAAGACAGAGAAAAUGAAGGGAAAAAGCAGUGAGUGGUGUGCAGGCAAAUAUGGUUUGCUAUUUGUCUUUUAAAGGUCAUUUAAUACCCAUUAAAAAUGAAAACAAAAGCAAACAAUUAUGACUUACCCACCUGACACAUUCACCUGGAUGUCAUCUUGAUUUUAAAAUGAGCAUGAGCUGUUUCUCACCCUUAAAAAAAAAGAGCUUAUUGGGAAUUAUAUUCCUUAAAAUAUACAUGUGGGGCCUGAAUAUCAACCAUCUUCACUAUAAAGUGGAUUAUGGUUUCAUGAAUGGCCAUGCUUUGAAGAUCAGUUGUUGAUGCCUACUAUGUGGUAGGCCUUAUUGAUUAUGAAGAUUAAAAAGAUGAAUAAACAUGUCUAGUUUGGGAAAUGGAUAUAUAAAAAAUUAAGUGCAAUAAAGUGUGUGCCCAAAAGUUGA